GUCGAGCAGGUGUGAGUCAACAAAUUCCGUUCAACAGUCAAGAAUAUAAAUUUCGAAUUUUAAAUAUUUUAAAUUUGCGUCUAUUCCAAUUAUUAGAAUUUUUACACAUUUGUGAGCACAUUGUUAUUGUGAGGAGCCAAUAAAAUGGAAGAGGAAGACGCAAUUCUUCUUGAACCAAAUUGUCGAUAUUGCCAUUCAUGUCGGAAACAUACGUGGGGCCCAAGUAGUUGUGGGUGUGCCACUGAAGAAAAUAAUGCUGAUAGGGAAUGGCAGCAAUAUUCCAUCUUGCCCUACAUCGAAAAUCAAAAGUACACGUUCGGAAGCAAGUACGCCUCGAGGGUGGAACAAGGCGAAUUCAUCUUUGUCCAGACCAAGAAAAAUCCCGGAAAUCUGGCCGAGAUUACCUGUUCAGGUGGAAAUUACUGGAUCACACCGGCCGGGAAACGGAUUGUUUUGGUCAAUGAUGACCGGUUGGAGAAAAACUGUCGCACGAAACUCAACCAUGAAGACAAGAUCGCUUUACUCGGAAAAGUUCGACCGAAACGUGGACUUAAUCGAGAGAUUAAACACGAAUCUCUGAAUGGAUUCUUCCUAUUUAAAGAAGGUCGUCGCGCCAUCGAGCUUCAAGAAGGAGAGGAUCCGAGCAUUCCAGAUGACGAGGACAAAGUCGACUUCACGCCAGGACAAAAUUACCUCGUCUUGUCCCACAUUUUUUCUUACCUCCCGUUCAACACUCUCAAAAUGGCACGAUUAGUAUGCAGCCAAUGGGACGAGGAAGCUGCUCGGAUUCUAAAGAAAAUAUCCACUGUUUCCUGGGACCUUAAUUUCCGACACAAUUAUCAACACCCAGUGGGGUCGAUGAGGUUGCUUCGAUACGUUAAAGAAAUGGAAAACCUCCAACCCAACAGUUUAAACUUAAAGCUCCCGCCUUUCCCGCCAGCGCAUCAGAACUCGGAAGGAGGACAACUGGCCGUGAAACUGGUCGACGAUCUGAACAGGUUUCUGCUACUGGAUCGAUCUCGUCACAUCACACGAUUGAAUUUGGGUGGACCAAUCUAUGCAGGAUCCGAUUAUAAAAUGCAUCUCGGCAUUCUCAUCAAACUUCAAGCAACCCUUUGCGAUCUAGAGUUAUCUUGGUAUUUUGACUUAUGGGAUGAAUCCAGUGAUGACUUCGCAUUUCCGACGGAAGACCUUCAUCUUGACAAGCUCGAAGUAUUCACCUUCUCCAUUUCAACGAGCUACGAAGGUGCUAUCGCCAACCAGGUGAUCAUGUCCUCCUGGGCGGCAGCAGUUCAAGGCAUAAAAACCAUGAAACUUAAUUGCCAUUUUCACGACGAAGGGAAAUUCGUCAACUGUUUACUACAGUAUGAAAAGCCCCUUCCAAAAUUGGAAGCUUUUACUGGCAAAUCGACAGGGCCAAUCGUUCUCGACUUACUCCUGAAGUUGACUAAUCCUUUGAAGUCGUUGAAACUGAACAGGUUGAUGUGUUUGGAACUACUAGAUAAUUUCAUCAGGUUGGAAAAUUUAGUCCAGAAGCACGCCGGCACAUUGGAAGAGUUUGAGUUCAUUUAUUGCGUCCACCAAGAAUAUCUCCAAGUUCUCCAUCUCCCAAUUCUUCCCCGGCUGAGAAGGCUUUCGAUCGGAUGGUGGCAAAUUUCCGACCUGAGAAUUCGUUUCCCUUCUGCUGGCCAUGAUAACAACUAUGUCCUCGACUAUGAGAGGCACCUUCCCAGACUUGAUGCCCUCUCGCUAUCCAUGUUCCCCUGUGUCCACCCAAUCACUGUUUCAUGGGCAGAUCAACGGGAUAAACUGGAGAUUUUUUUCCCCACGCGUGACAGAAAUGGGGAGCCGAUUGAGACGAGAUGUGUCACCUUGAGGGAACUUGAUCUACGUCCCUCGUGCAGAACAUGCUUGGUCGCAAAUCGAGUUCCCUGCCGACCUCCCACUCACUGACAUGUUCCCAAACGUGUGGAAUAAUUGGAUGACGAGGCGAAGGACGGAGAAGUUAUCCGCACAGGAAUCAUUACCAGCGACCAGUGGCGAUAUGAGUGUCAACUCCAAUGUAAAAUGAUUAUAUUUACAUCAGAACAGUGCCACCCAAUUAAAAAUGAUGAACUUCAAUUUACUUACAUACUCUGGAUAGGUACCGUUUGUUUUUAGGUUUAGUCUUUCGUGUUUUUAUUAAAAAAUCGUGUGCCUUAAAUUAUCGUUGUUACCAGAGUCAUGCUUUUUAUAGAUAUUACCAAUUCGAUAUGUAGUUAUGAUUUGAAUUUGAUUAGAUAAGAUUAAAAAUGAAUGUUGAAUAAUUUA